AUCUCCUAUGACGUUGCACUGUCGCUGAUGCAGUAUCUGGAGCGUGAAACCGAAUACAUACCCUGGAGCACGGCGUACAACGCACUGCUGCACCUGGAUCGCAUGUACUCGGGACAAGAAGGGUACUCAAGAUUUGAAACAUUCGUACGCACCAUAACAGGUUGUAUGUACGAAAACGUACGUUUAGUCGGCCCUAAUGACCACAUUUCUCGUCUGCAUCGUGGCAACACCGUGUACCUUGCCUGCUACUCCGGAGUGCAGGCCUGCCUGGGCGAUGCCACAACGCAGAUCCAAGCUACCAUCGAAAACCCUUCGUUCAAAGUUCCCGAAGAGGCACAAGCGGCGGUGUUCUGUGCCCUUCACAAGCAUCGGCUACCCGUAGAGCCGGACUACCAAAUGACAUGGUUUGAGAAUCAAUUUUCAACCCAGGACAGUUCCGAGCUGGAUGUAGAACUGAUUAACCGCUACCUGACCAGUGUCGGUUGUUCACGAAACGAAACCAUUCUGGAGUACUUCCUCUCGCUCACGAACUUCAAUUAUCCGGGGCUUCCAAUAACGGCAGCCAUGAAAAAUCAAAUUUUUGUCGGCCUUGCUAACGGUGGACCCACCGCCCGUAUGGCUGCGUUGCGGUAUUUGAAUGAGCAUUUCUCCACCGUUACGUAUUUACUACCCAACGUGGGGCCCAUCUUCACCGAACUGGGCAAUCGCAUCAAUGUCCAAUCGGAACGUGAUCUGCUUCAAGAAAUCGUAACAAAGUACGGACACACCUUGGCUGCUGCAGCGAAAGACGCCGCUGAUCAAGCUCUCGUGCAGGCGUACCAAAACAUUCGCUGGAUGCAAAAGUACGCUCCCACCGUGACCACUUGGUUAACUGACGCAAUGUACGAGGGAACUACUACGCCGAAACCACAGGGUGGCGGUGCCGGUCGCACAUGGAGUACCCAUGCUCUAGUGGCGACUGGACUAGUUUUGAUCGUUGUGAAUACGUUGGCAUAAGUUUGCCUAAAUUAAGAAGCACUGGUAACGUUCACUGGAGUGACCACCUUUGGGUGAGUUCGUUCCGUUUAUUGUAGUCAUCAUCCACUAUAGAAAGUAAUUGGUGCUCCAAUAAAGCAAUAGUAAGCAACCGUUACGGUUGCUGGAUAGCGACCGCGAUCACGUUCUUGAUCCAGUAGUAGUACUCGCUCAUCCGUUGAU